AUGACUAAGUCUUCAGCUAAAAUGCAAAAUCCUUACACUCCAUCAACUCCAGAGAACGAAAACUCUCAGAUUCGUAAAUCAACUGAAUAUACACGGACCAUAACUUACCCAGAAUUCUCUUCCCCAUCAGAUAACCCAAGGAUGGAAUUCAGAAGAGACUCAACUCUAAGCUUAAUCACUGAGCCAUCACCUAAAAAAACAUUGAAAAGUUUAAAUGUAAAUAAGCACUUCAUGGAACUUGUAGCAAAAACAAGCCUCCGAAUGAAAAGGAGAUUUAAAUCGAUCGAUAACACUGAAGAAGAAGUCAAAGAAGAAAAAAGCAGGAUUUCUCAGCUGGUUAUAAAUUAUUUUGACAAAGAGCAAUAUUUAAAAGGACGAGGGCACGAACGCAAAAGAAGCGUUCUUUCAGGAUCAACAAGUUUUUAUUCUAUGCAACAGUCACAGAUUAAUAACUCAAGGCUGCAGCCUCAAAAUGUUGUUGAAAACAAAUCAGUUACAUUGACAACUGAAACUUUACCUACUCCAAAAACUAACAAGAGGAAAUCUAAUAUCAUAGAAAAAUUAAAAAAAAUGAAAACCACACAAGAUUUAAGUAAAUUUAAAAUCAAAACUCGUAUAAUGAAAACAAGACAGCCGCAUCCUCUUUUAAAACAGGGUAGUGUCGGUAUUAGCCAUCGAUAUUCAAGGACUUGUGGAAUCCAUAUUAAUUUAAUGAACAAAUAA